CGGGAAAGCUCAGGGCUGGAGUUAGCAAGCCGACUGACCCGCAGAGAGACGUUGGCGAGAGAGAGCGACGAGGGGGUUAACAUGCGCGCACGCACGCCCACGCGCUAAUCUCGCUCCUCUCGCGGGGACGAGGACGAGCAGCAGCUGCAGCUCUGAGCAGCAGAAAGUGACAGGCGAGCGAGCGAGCGAGCGAGGGGGUCCUAUCCGGAGAGAGUGAGAGAAACGGAAGGGUGGAAGGAGGGAGGGAGGGAGGGGAGGGCAGGGGAGGGCAGCAAGGGUGUCAAGAGUCCAGGCCCCACUCUCGGGCUUUCUUCAUGCUCAUCUUCCCCUCUUGCUUGCCCUGCUCUGCGUAAUCCGCAGCGCCUUCCUUGUUCAAGCAAAGCUUCUUCUUCUUGGGCCAGCGCGAGCUCCUCUUUCUCUUUCCUCCGAAUCGCUAUUGUGCUCCGCUGUGUGCUGGGUUGGGCUGGGCUGGGCUGGGCUGGCUCGCUGGCUGGCUCCUCUGCUGCUGACCGACCGACCGACCGACCGACCGACCUUCCUGACCUGAGCGAGAGUUCUGAGUGACCAGCUCUGCUCUGCUCUUCUCUUUCAUGUUUGGUCUCCAGGGAAGAGGAAUGAAGAAUCAAGCAAUCAAUCGUUCAAUCAAUCACUCAAUGCAAAUAAACGACGUAGCUAGCUAGCUAGCUAGAAGCUAGAUAUAGAUAGCUCUAUCUCGGGGAGCAGAGGGAGCGGUAGCAGCCGCGGGAAGAGAGGGGAAGUGACUGGAAAACAAGGGAAGGAGGACCACUUUCUCCAUCAACAAUAUCAUCAUCAUCAUCGACUCGACGACAAUACUUACGUACUUUGUGUUUCUAGUCUUCUAUUCUACGGUAGUUUAUGAUCGACCGACCGUCCGGCCUAUCGACUCCGGAUUCGCGUUGGUUUUUGAGUAGUGAUUGAGCAGAGCGGAGAUCUGUUGAUGUCACGACUAGCAGGAUGGAGCAGUGGAUAGUCGGGUGUGGUAGAGGUACUGGUCCUGGAGGAUGGCAGCAGGACGAGAAGGAUUGUAGGGACGGAGCUUCGCACUAGUCAUUUUCAUGCGGCGCAGAUCUAUAUUCAUGUGACGCUGGAAGCUUCACCUGGCCGACCGAGUGACUGGCCGGAUGAACGCGCUCAUGUUCAGGAUGCUCGGUUGAAGCGGGGUGCUAGUAUCAGCGAGAGGAUGAGUUCAGCUUCGUCGCGGCUUGACCUGUGUUUUUCAGUCUCCCGAGACCGAUAGGAUUGACAGAAUGCCGCUGCCGGGUCGGAACCAUCGUGGACGGGUGGAAGCGCAAAGAACAAUGCAAUUUGGUGCCUGGUCCUCUGGUGGAAGAGUUGUAUAUAAUGCGUGGGCAUAAGCACUCGCGGUAGGUCUUCAGAUCUCGGGGCCUGGGCAGUGCAUUUAGCAGAAGAAGUAGUAGUAGUAGCAGUAAUAGCCGUAGUGGUAGCAGCUCUGGAUGAUGUGCCCCGUCGUCUUGACAGUUUUGUGAAUCCACCGUCAUGGAACCUGCGGGAGGGAGCGCGAGCGCAGUCGUAGACGGGUAGCGAGCGCCGGCGAAGCGGGCAAUGGAGGCAGCAGAUGCAAUGUCGAGGGCGGGAGCAGAUUAGCCGCAGCGAGGAUGUAAAUUGGGCAGGGGGCCGAGGGUAGUGCAAUGGGAGGCGACGAGAGGAGCAAUUCGAAGGAAAAGCUUGUCGACCCGCAGCUGCACAGGUCCAGCACUAGUGUAGAAGAAGACGAGAUUAGAAGAAGACGCGAGGGCAAGGGUCGGCGCAGGUGAACAUGGUUGCCGCUGACUCCUCGUCGUCGACGCCUGCAGCGACGCUGCGCCACGAGCCGCAAGAACAGCCGGAGAAGGGAGUGAGCUCGGCCAGCAAUGGCAAUGGCAAUGGCACCGUGCGCAAGGCCAAGAAUCGCGAGAUCACCUCGCGAUACAAAGCGGCCACCACCGCGUCCACGGCAGCGGCCGCGGCCGCCACCGCUGCGGCUCAAGCCGCGGCCGCUGCGCGGCGCCACCCGUCGCCCAACCUCGGGAGGUCGAUGUCGGGCGAUCCGCCGCUGCCCAAACGGGCGCUGUCGGCCGAGCGGCGCCGGCCGUGGCCCUCGAUUGCGCCCGUGACGCCCCCCGAGCCCAAGGCCGUGGUGGCCUCGGCGCCCAGUCCCUCGGAGGGCGUGUGGCCGGGCGUGAAGCCGCGCGCGGCCGCGCGCCCCGAGGGCCUCUGGCCGUCGAGCCAUCCGUCCAAGAUUCCCGAAGGCCCGCAUGGCAACGUCGAAAUGCGGUCGGGCGAGCACGGCGACGAGGCCAAGACGCCCGACCACACCUUGAAGCCGGCCGCCAAUGGCGUGCACCGAGGCGCGGAUUCGAGCCCCGGCGGGCCUCCUCCUCGCAAGGGGUCGCCCAUGCGGCGGCAGAGCACGGAUCAGUCGGAAAAUUCACGCCCAAUUGAACAUAUGCGCUCGAAGCCCGACCUGCAGCGGUGGCCCGGCAGCAGCAAUGGCAAGGUGUUCGGAGGUGCGGCCGCCAUGACACGGAGCAUGGAUCUGAGCGGCGAGCGCGAGCGGUCUUUGAGCAAUCGAUCGAACGCGAUCCUGUCGCAAGGUCGCCCCGGCACGAGUAGCGCCUCACGGUCCGUGCGGCCGUCGACCUCGUCGUUGAUAAAUUCGGCCCGGAGUUUCUCUCGCUCGAUCAACGAAGGGCCUGCCGGCUCUGCCUCGAGACCGAAUUCUCGGAACAAUACUCCUGAACGGACCGGCAGGCCUCGAGUUUCGCCUGCUCCCGUCCCCGCUCAUGGUCAUGCUCCUUCUCCUCCUCCUCCUCCUCCUCCUCCUCCGCCUCCACCACCUCCACCCGCUCCCGCUCCCGCUCCCGUUGUAGUCCGCGUUCCCGUGGCCAAAAGUGCAGCGCAGGAGUUCUCGAACUUGGGAGCUGAAAAUGGAGUCUUGGGGGACACCGCGGGUCAUGUCCGGCAUUCCUCGCAGGAAACGGUGCUUGCUGGUUCAGACACGCAGUCUACUUUGGGUGAAAAUGCUUCGGAUUCCGAAAGUGUCUCAUCAGGAGGAUCCGGCACAACGGGGUCCAGGACAUCGUCGUCGACCAGGGGCACAACCGUGCCAUCUCGCGUUUGGCAAGCUGCCGAAGCAAGAUCCCGACGGUUGUCCGAGGGCGAUCGAAUGCGUUCUUCGAUGUCUGAGCAAGAUCUCGCCGCGGCCCUGAAGGCUGGAAGGCGUAAAGUUCCGACCUUAGGAUUUCCUAUUGCAAAUAGCUCGUCGAACUCGGCAUGGUCUCUCUCCUCCGGUAGAGCCAUAACGCCCAUUUCUUCAUCUCCUCAACCACCUGUUUCUCCGUCUGCUCGUGGUGGAAGAGGUGGAUCAUCACCUUUGCGAGGCUUGCCUAGCCCUACGAGAUCAAGGCCACCGACAGCAAAUGGUUCGGUUGCCAGCCGAACCAGUUCUAUUUCUAGUUCUAUUAUCUCAGGGACAGAUUUGCGGCUGCGAGGGAAGAAAGCAAUGAGCCAGCAAGAGGAGGCUCUCUUCCUCCGAAUUCUUCACAACCGAUUCCUUCAGUGGAGAUUCAUAAAUGCCCGGGCGGAUGCGGCUUUGAGUUCACAAAAAGCUGCUGCAGAGAAGUCAUUGUACAGCGUUUGGCUUAGAACGUCCGAGCUUCGGGCCUCUGUUGCGAUGCAACGGAUAAAACUACAGCAAGCAAAGCAUUUCUACAAACUCAGCACCAUUCUAUCUAAUCAGGCUCCCCUUCUGCAGGACUGGUCUUCUUUGAAACAGGAACAUUCAACUGCUCUUUCUGGAGUUAUUGAAGCCUUAGAAGCCUCUAUACUUCGAGUCCCUGUUACGGGAGGUGCCAGGGCGGAUGUGCAGGCCGUGAAGGAAGCGCUUGGUUCUGCAGUGGAUGUCAUGAAUGCCGUUGAGUUAUCCGUGAAAACUUUGCUACCCAAGGCUCAGAGCAUGGAUGGAUUAGUUGCAAAACUCGCAGAAACGGCUGCACAAGAAAGGGCUCUGCUUGCUGACUGUGGCGAUUUAUUGUCUACGGCAGCUUCAUUAGAGAUAGAGGAGCGCAGUUUGAGCACGCACUUAGUUCAGCUUCAACACGAGAAAAAUCGUCUUCUAGCAACUUCCAUGGAUAGUGGCAUGGCUGCAUCGGAUUUCGUACGGCUUAGUUCACCUUAAAAGAAAGUGCUUACUAGUGUAAGUAUCCAUGAGGAUCUGCUUGUUUUUUCUGCACACGUGAGGGCUUUUUAUGUAAAAAGCACGAAAAUUUCUGGCUCGUCCAUUUGUGCAACACUGUGAAGCCCCAAGCAAGUGCAGAGGAUGCAUUGUUUACUAGA